CGUGUCUGCUCCGUCAGUAGUUCCUCGGCCCUGGUGGAGUUUGGCUGUGUCGCUCGUCGCGUAUGGACACUUGCCUGCUCUUGUUGAGCCUUCACCUAACUCUUUGAGUUUCAUUAUGUGUGAACUAGUUUAUCGUCAUAUGACUUGAAAACUCUUCCGCAUGUGUCCAUGUACGAGAGCUUACGAGAAUUGUCGAACUUAACGUAAAGUGAUUUGAUUUUAAAACAGCAGUGAGGUAGUUGUCACCCUAUAUGAUGUGAUUUGACCAUUAUUUUAAUUGAUGUAUAGUGACAGUACUAAAUAGUGCUAUAAAUAAAUAAAAACCGUGUGAGGUAUAGAACAAAUAUAGAUGUAUAGAGAAAUGUCAGCUGUAUUAGCAGAAACGAGCAGUUGGACGUUAAAGAGAGAAAUAAGAAUAUCUUCACUAGUAUUUACAUACGAGCACUUUGAAUAAAUUUCAUCACACACUCCUAUGAAGGUGUAUUGGAAGAUGGUGGGCGGAGGUCAGGUCAUUCUGGUGCUCCUGUGUUGCCUGGUCACCUCUGACCUCGCUCUCUCACAACAAGACACGUCGACGGAGGACCCGGUGUCGGAGAUCAGGCACCUGCUGCCCAAAGCCAACUUCGCCAACAAUUCCGUGACUAACGUGACGGUGCAGCUGGGAGCUACUGCCUUCCUUCCCUGCAAGUACCGUCACCUGGCCGACCACCAGGUCAGUGAUGAUCAGGUGUCGUGGUUCAGGCGGCGAGACUGGCACAUUCUCACCACAGGGAUCUUCACUUACACCAACGACGAGCGCUUCAGUGUCUUACACCCGGAGGAGUCCGAUGACUGGACGUUGCAGAUCAAGUACACAACCCGCAGAGACAACGGUACCUACGAGUGUCAGUUGUCGACCGGGACAGGUGUAAUCUCUCAGUUCGUCAACUUACACGUGGUAGUGCCUCAAGCCUUCAUCCUGGGCAAUAAAGAUUACCACGUCCAGCUGGGUUCCACGAUCAAGCUCGUCUGUGUCAUCAAGCAGAGUCCGACGCCGCCACAGUACGUGUUCUGGUACCACAAUGAUCACAUGAUCAAUUACGACACACAGAGGGGCGGCAUCAACGUCUCCACGGAGACGGGGCCCAAGAAAACCCACUCCCACCUUGUCAUCACCGACGCACGCUACCAAGACUCUGGAAACUACACUUGCAGCGCCUCAAAUACACAACCUGCUUUCUCCAAUGUCUUCGUCUCUCACGGUGACAAAAUGGCAGCAAUACAGAGACAGAUGGCAGCAGGAGGCCCGACCAGUCUCGAUGCGACCUGCCUGUGGCUCUGGUCCCUUUUAGUUACAGCCUACCUGGCCCGCAGAUGAUGUGUUGGGCCUCCUCUUACUUAACUUGCAACACUACGUCCUGGGCCCUAAAUACUGUUGUUGAAACCUCUACAACUUCCUACCGCCCCUUAUUAAACCACAAUGACUUCUAAGGAAACAAGAAACUUUUUGCAAUGC